AUCCUUGCGCUAGGCUCUCACGAGCAGAAUACAGCUAAAGCAUUUAUUUCAGGUGCUUCCGAUGCAGCCCCGAGCAUCGACUUCGGGAAGACGGCGUGCGGUCCAGAUCGUGGAAGCGACUGAGGAGUUUUCUGUGCGCGAACAGUCGCCCCCAAGAGAAGUACUUCGAGUGCCAACCCCGCUGCCCCCUCCUCAAAUUGUACGGCCCCCGGAGGAAACACCUGCGGGAAAUUCGAUGUCAUGCAUGUUCGCCUGCAUAGCAGGAUCCGUCGUCACCCUCUCUAUGCUUAUCGGCACCGUCGGAUAUUACAUCGUCAACACAGGUGAGAUUGAACCAAUGGGACAAGAAACACAUGGCAUGACCACAGACAGUCAAAACGAAAGUCCUGGAAUUCAGUAUGCAGGCCAGACACCCAGCGUUAUGUCCACGGUGCUGCUGUGCUACUGGAACUCAUCCAGCAUCACGCGAAGUCCCCCCAAGGAUUACGACUUGAACAAGCUGUGCGCCCAUUGCUGCACGCACAUCAUUUACUUGGGCGCACACCUGAAGGUCAACGCUGACGGUCCUCAUCUCGUCUUUCCCGAUGACGACCGCGGAUUACGAUCGAUACGUGACUUGGAGGCUCUGAAGAGUUCGACACCUGGACUGAAGUUGCACUUGUCUCUCCCGGUGGACGAUGUGUGGGGCGCAGAGGAGUCCAAUUCGACGCUGCUGAUGCAAUGUAACUCUCUGGCGAACCGCCUCGCUCAGUGGUUGCCCCAGCAUGGCUUUGACGGCGUUGAACUGGACUGGGAUCACCUACCCAUGCAUAAGAAAUUGCAGUAUACACGGAUCACGAAGUUGAUACGAAGAACGUUGCGAAAGGAAGGCUUGCAGAUUAUGGUCCGCGUCCACCCCAGGAAGAGCAACGCCUAUGACAUCAACGCCCUCUACGGCUUCAGCGACUUCCUCGUGGUGCACCCGUUCGCACAGGACGACAAGCCCAAGGUUGCGGUGCCGCCCAUCAUCUUCAAGGAAGACCUGGUCGAGCUGUGCGAGGUGUCUCUGAGUCAACUGCGCAACAAGCAUCGGGUUAUCCUGGCACUUCCCCUCUUUGGCUACGCGUACCGACUACGAAGCAUAGCCCACUACGAACUGAGGGCUCCAGUUAGAGGUCCCUCAACCCAAGGACCCUACACGGACACACGCGGGGUCCUGGCUUAUUUUGAGAUAUGUUUCGAGUUCACGGCAGACAUAUGGGUAUCACUCUAUGACAAAGUGGCCGAUUGCAAGAUCGCCGUGAAUCGUGAUAAGAGCCAAUGGAUUGGAUAUGAUAACAAGGCCAGCAUCCUCAACAAGGUGCUGUUCGCCAAGCAGCAGCGUAUGGGUGGUGUGGCCGUCUAUACCGUGGACAUGGACGACUACGAUGGCGACUGCGGCCAGAAGAACGUCCUCCUCAAUCAAGUUUACAAUGCCCUCAAGGAGAUGGACCGGCAACCGUCCAGCCAUCCGACGCAAACUCCGCGAUGAUCUAUUUUGAAUUAACUAUUAAACUUUAGGGGCUUGUAAAAUGUCA